UCCCCCCCACUCAAACAGAGCAUAAUCUCUCUCUCUCGCUCGCCUUCUGGCCACACAUCUUCUUCAUACUCUGUAUCUCUGUUUCUCUUCGACUCUGCCUUCCUGGGUCAGUCUAUAAACAGCUCGAGUUCGUGUGACGAGGCCCAGAACCGCAAGGUCUUAUCAAGGGCUAUCAUUUUGCUUUAACUUGCUCAGGAGAACUCGUAUUUAUAGUUUCGCCUAAGUCCAGCUGAAAUUGGCAGGAGGGUGAUCGAUGUCGUUAUCCCAUGUUUGCCUGUGAUACCACAGGAGGUUAAAUACCUAUAAACCUAAACAUUAUCAGAUAUAAUCAUGGAGUUUUCUCUCCCUGUCUCAUCCCAUAAAGAUCGGCUCAUCCCACGAUUCAAGUCCAACUUCCUUCCUCCAAUUUCUCCUUUAAAGUUUGCGAGGCAUCAUUUACUUUUCAGGCACACUAAUAAACAGUAUGCAUACAGUUGUCCUUGCUGUUCAUUGCUGAAGAUCGUUAGGAAUCCUUCUCUGGACAAGCAUGUGGUGAGGCAAAACAAAAUUCGCUUUGUUCAGAAACUGAAAACACUGCUCCUUUCUAAGCCCAAACACUUCAUCCCACUUCAUAUUCUUUCUAAGUGCCGGUCCUACCUUUCACUCUCGAAGCCUCGCUCUAUUCUCUCUAUGAUACGUCGAUAUCCAACUAUUUUUGAGCUCUUUACCAUCCCUACACCACCGACACCAUUCAAUGCGACAAAAUCAUGCUCACAGCUCUGUGUUCGUCUCACGCCAGCUGCAUCUGCUCUCGCAGCCCAAGAGUCCAAUCUCAAGUCAGCUAUCUCCAAUGUCCUGGCUGCCAAACUGCAGAAACUUCUUAUGCUCUCUUCUCACCAUCGCCUUGUUUUAUCCAAACUGGUUCACCUUGCCCCUGAUCUGGGUUUACCUCCAAAUUUUCGCUCUCGCCUUUGCAAUGAGCAUCCAGAUAAAUUUAAGACUGUUGAUACAUCCUAUGGCCGUGCUCUUGAGCUCGUUUCGUGGAAUCCAGAGUUAGCUAGACCACUAUCAUUCACAGAAGUUGAUUGUCGUGAGCUCAUAGUGGACCGGCCUUUGAAAUUCAAGCGCUUAAAACUCCAGAAAGGGCUGAAUUUGAAGAGGCGCCAUCAGGACUUCUUAAUCAGAUUCAGGGAGUUGCCAGAUGUAUGCCCUUAUACCACUGGUGCAUCUGAGCUAAGCAAAGAAUCCGUUGAGGCAGAGAAGAGAGCAUGUAGCGUAGUACGUGAGAUUUUGGGCAUGACAGUUGAAAAGAGGACUUUAGUAGACCAUUUAACUCAUUUCAGGAAGGAUUUUGCUCUCCCUAAUAAGUUGAGAUCUAUGAUUAUAAGGCAUCGAGAUUUGUUUUAUGUGAGCUUGAAAGGGCAGAGGGAUUCGGUCUUUCUAGUUGAAGGAUAUGAUGACAAUGGUACACUUUUGGAGAAGGACCAGUCUUUAGUAAUUAAUGAUUGGCUAAUGGACCUUGUAAUGGAAGGGAAGAGGAUCAGAAGAGAAAGGAGAAAGAGUGAAAUGGACAAUGAUGACAUUGGUGAUUUUAUCGUGGAAUCCGAGGAGGCAUACAGGGACAAUGGGGAAUUUUCUGAUGAUGGUUUUGAGAAUUUAUUGGAGUCCAACGAUACUGAUUGGGAUAGUCAUUUUGAUGGUAAUGAUGAAAGUGAUGAGUUGCUGGGGGAAGGGGUGACGAGAGACUUUUGGAUUGCAGAUGGUUCUUCUAGUCUUGGAGAGAUAGACGUGCAUUCAGAAGCUUGGUGACAAGUGAAAAGUAAUGACAUUGUAAGUCCUUGAACACAGUUUUAAGGUAGGAUGAAGUCCUCAGUGGUACAAUUGUUACUAAAAACUCACAGAAACCAUCGCACAUCCUUCUUAGUGAUGCAAUUGAAUGGUUUCGUUUGGUCGUUAAUACUAGUUUCCUCAUUAUGCUAACUGAGCAAUGAUGUUGGUGACAGAUACUGAGCAAUUCCAGCUAACUUCCUUCUACAAAUGAUGACUACCACAGCUAGCAGUCGGUACCACCAGUAGUAUCAAUUGAAAUAUGCUACUAUGAGAAAGUUUCGACCUUUAGCCAGUAAGUAACAGCCACUAUCGCUGGCACAUGGGAUAUAUGCUUUGUUGCAAAAAGGAUCGGAUGAGCUGCUUACAUUCCAUCUGCUUGAAGUUCACGGCUUUCAAGCUUUGUGGAUGUUAUGAUUUGUUGCAUCUUAUGCUGGCUGAGAUGUAAUACUCUAUGUUGCAGGUUGCAAGUUCAGCAAGCAUAGCAGAAGUAGUGACAAAUGUGUGGAUGAUUUUUUAGCAACAUUGUCGGGUAUUUCGAACUUGAAUCAGUUUUGACUUGACUGAGAAGAAUAUGCUGGUUAGUUUUCUUCAAGCAGAUACUGAUUUGAGAAGACCAUGAGCGGUUAGUCUUCUUCAAGCAUGUGCUCAUUAGGAAGGCAAGCAGACAAACAUUGUCGUAGUGAGAUCAUUAGGUGGCGCUUUGGUUGGAGGCUGCAGAAAGAGUGUCACUGAUUGUGCUGAUGUUGCAGAGGCAAGGCCUAUUUGUCAAGCAAUUUAGUUAGCAGCGUCACUGGCUGCCGCAAACAGUGGGCCUUUCUUACCAUCGAAACUGACUCUACCACGGUCUAUUAUAGUUGCAGAGGGAAUGAGAUGGUUCGUAGUUGGAAGGUCAAGUUCAGGCAAAAUAAUAUGUGCAGUGGAUUCUAGUGUGUCGACAGGCAAAUGUAAGCUAUAGCUGUUUAGCUGCGGCUGUUAGAAGCUGGGAUGCCCCCAAUGGAUCAGAAUGGCAUACUGUCUCAAUUAUUACACUUUUAACUUGAAUUUACCUGUAAUCAGGGUAAAGUAUGUUUACUGGAGAGCGAAGUUGAAAUCAGUGACUAAUGGUGUAUGAUGGCACUUGGGCUAAAGUCACCGUGGAUAUUCCGUGCCGUGACGAUUACAUUGUGCGGUUGUGCCCUCAUGUUUUCAAGGCAAAACCAGGUAGCAAUUCGAGUUUGUAUGCCAUGACAUGGAGGUCGAUUAUGCGGGUGUUUUCUAACAACAGAUCCAGAUCUCGUGCAUCUGUGGUCGAACUCAUGUGUCGCGGAUGGCCUGCAUUUUCCUUUUCGGUGUUUCAACCAGCUAUAGAUCAAAUGAAUUGUGUGGUAGGGGCACGAAUGACAAGGGAUGUAUUCAUCUUUGGACGGAUCACCAUGAAGUAUCUUCUUGCUGUGCUGUAAUGAUCACAUACUCUCAGUAGGUAUAAGCAUUGAGACAGAAGCAAUCCCUUCAUUAGUUUUAACUUCAAAAUUGUCUUCACAACCUUUCAAUUCGUAUGAAUUGGCUUGGGAUGCUCCUAAUCAUGCGUAUGCUCUAUCCCUUUUUGGUCCUCU